AUGCCUUCUCACAUUCAUCUGGCUUCCAAGGAGAGCCUCUCUUCCUAUGGAUCUUGCCCUCCCAAUGUCACCCGUGCACGUCCAUACCCCUUCCUCACCUCCUUCGCACGGUCAUCCGUUCUCCACGUCCUGUCCUCCGCCAUCCAGGUAGGCUCCCUCGAGAUCGAGGACGUCGACCAGACCUUCCGCUUCGGUCCCAGCAAGUCAAGCACACUGUCCGUCCGCCUCAAGGUCACCAGCGGCAAGUUCUGGACACGAGUGUUUAGUUCUGGCGAUCUGGGUUUCAGCGAAGCGUACAUGAUUGGAGACGUCGAGGUCGCGAACUUGAAGGCGAUCAUGGACCUCUGGCUCGAGAACCAGGGGACGAUGGCCGCGGUCUCCUCGCUCUACUCGCGCCUCGCCGCCGCCGCAACCGGCCUCCGCAACGCCUUUUUCGGCCAGACGCGCUCCCGCGCCCGGCUGAACGUCGUCGCGAGCUACGACCAGUCGAACGCGCUCUUCGAGGCCUUCCUCAGCAAAGAGAUGAUGUACUCGUGCGCGCUCUGGUCGGACGAGGAGGGCGGCCUCCGCGGCGACCUCGUCCACGGCCCGACCCCGGGCGACCUCGAGGCCGCGCAGCACCGCAAGAUCCACCACAUGCUGCGCACCGCCCGCCUCAAGCCCGGCGACCGCGUCCUCGAGUUCGGCACCGGCUGGGGCGGGCUGGCGAUCGAGGCGGCCGCGACGUACGGGUGCGAGGUCGACACGCUCACGCUCUCGGUCGAGCAGAAGACGCUCGCGGAGGCGCGCGUGCGCGAGCGGGGGCUGGACGGGCGCGUGCGCGUGCACCUGCUCGACUACCGCGACGUGCCCGCGUCGUUCGAGCACGCGUUCGACGCGUUCGUGAGCGUGGAGAUGCUCGAGCACGUCGGGAGCAAGUAUUACAAGAAGUACUUCGAGACCGUCGACUUUUGCCUGAAGCGCAGCGGCGCGGCCGCGGUCGUCACCUGCUCCACGUUCCCUGAGGGCCGCUACAGCACCUACCAGGCGGACGACUUCAUGCGCCGGUACAUGUGGCCGAACUCGUGUCUGCCGAGCGCGACGGUGCUCAUCGACGCCGCGUACGCGGCCUCGCAAGGGCGCUUCACGCUCGAGGCCGUCGAGAACCACGCACCACACUACCCGCGCACGCUGCGGACGUGGGACCGGCGCCUGAAGGCGAACCUCGCGCGGGAGACGAUGGUGGAGCGGUACCCGGCGCUCGCGGACGACGCGACGUACGCCGCGUUCCUGCGCAAGUGGGAGUACCUGUUCGCGUACGCCGGCGCGGGCUUCGCGAAGGGGUACAUCACCUGCCACAUGCUGACGUUCGUGCGAGCGAGCGACGUGACGGCGGAGUGCGACUGA